AUGUCGUCCCCUCCCGCCCCCGCUCCCUUUACCGACUCGCCAGUCUCCACAGACUCGGACUCGCCUCCUGCUCCUCCCAAGCUCUCGCCUGACGUCGUCGCAUCCCUCCAACUCGACCUCUCCUGGCUCGACCUGCGCACUCCCCCCUCUCACCCCUCAACAUCUGCGUCCGCCUCCGCCUCCGCCUCCGAAUCAGGUCGCGCAACACCGCUUGCGACGCUCGCAGCGAGACGUAUCACGACGCAGUUGCAGCGUCCGCCGUUGCCGAGGCGGAGGAGUAAGAGUCUGGACGACGUCAAGUCGCAUGCGUCUAGCUCGGGUGCCUCGACGCCGGAAGAGUGGUGGAGGAAGAUGGGUAUGAGCGGACAAAGCGGGAGCGGAGGGGCGAGCGAGUCGAGCAGUGUGUUGCGGUUGGAUAUGGCGGCGCUCCAGAGGGCGCGGGGAGGACUCGAGGUCCCGCCCUCCGCGACUUCGGCCUCCUCUCGCACGGCAAGCGUGGCUCCUUCGGUCGUUGCGUCCACCGUCGUGGGCAAUGGAUCAGACCAGGUCGCGCAGCCGACACGGCGGAGGCGCUCAAAGGCCGAAGACGAGGCCGAGGAAGACCGGCUUGCGGAAUGGGUGCGAAGGGCAUCGAAUUCGUCUGCCUCGUCGACAGGCCCCUCCACCGCACCAGUCGCAGCCGCGCCUUCACCGCGUAUCGGCACACCCGGCAGGGUCGCGCUCCCACCUCGUCAGCCGUACGCACCGGUCCUCCCUUCCCCGCUCUCGACCUGCUCGUACACGUCCGAAGACGACGCCCGCGAGGAUGACGACGGCUUCCCCUUCCCCUCCACGCCUCAUCCGAGUACCUCGACGCCAACGACUGCGUCGACCACCCAGUCUGAAUCGUCGUCGCCUGCGGCAGAGGCGAAGCCGCCAACUUCGACGCCUCGCAAGUCGCCUCAGCUGAGGCGUCGACCGUCGAACGCUGCGAGGCCGAGCUAUCACUCGUACCCGUCCGCUUCGACAGUCACCUCGUCCACCGCCACGGCCGUCAGCACGCCCGCUGGUCAACCCGGUCCUCCCUCCGCUUCCUCCUCCCCCUCUUCCGUCCUCAACCGCGUCUCAGCAUGCUCGCGCGAAGCACCUCUCCUCGCUCGCUCAGCGACAGACCCGCUUCCUCCGCCUUCGACCGCCUCCGCGCCUUCUCCUCCGGUCUCCGCCUCUGCGGUCCACGCAAUCGCCACUCUCCCUUCCUCCGCUUCGACCCGCGCCCGCUCCCACACACGCGGUACAUCCGUCUCCUCCACCUCGCAACGUCCGCCUCUCACACCUCCCGAAUCACUCUCCAUCUCGCCGCACCUCUACGCUGCUUCGGCAGCCGAACUCGCAUGGCACGAUGUACUCAAUGCUCGCUUCGGCGCACUCGCAGUUUCCGAUCUGCGCUUCCCACAGUCGUUCACCGGCGGGUCGGGGUCAACAGGUGCAGGCCGUGCGGAAGGCCCGAACGGCGGAAAUGCCACGACGCCGGACCAGGACUCGGGCAGGCGAGGAGGCUGGUGUGGGAACGAGUUGAUGGGAAAUGCGGCGGCGGGUGGGUUUGCGACGAGCACGAAGGAGCACCUGGCGGGCAUGUUGGACGAGUUUGUCGGGCUUGUGCCGCUUGAUGAGGGAGAGGAGACGCUGCAUAUCGUCGAGUAUGGCGCGCUCAACUCGAGGUCCGCCGGCCUCGUCCCACCCGUCAUCGCGCACUUCGCCAACCGCGAACUGCACUCGAACACGUCCGUCGCGUCCUCCGGCGACCCCGACGAACUCCUCAACUUCCAAGUCACCCACGUCGACAAACCCACCGCCGACUUCCGCUGCCUGACUGAAGCGCUCGAUGGCCGCCCCGACUCGUACCUCCGCAAGCAAGCGGAUGGGCCAGACGUCGACCUUGAUGGAAGGGUGUUCUCAACGUUUGCGGCGAGGCCCUCCGGUGUCAAGGUGUUACCGAAGAAGACGGUCAGCGUUGGGUUCAGUGCGAUGAGUCUGCACUGGCCAACGACCGAUCGCAAGUUCCGCGUCGCCCCCGCUACUCUCGCGCACGGCGAACUCAUGGCCUUCCUCUCGGCCCGCGCGAGCGAGUUCAAACCAGGCGGACUGCUCACGCUCGCCUACAUCGCCCGCUCCGAAGAAGCAGCGCUCGCCUCGGCCUCGCCUCAGACGUGUUCUCCCGGUGCUGGCGCAUCGAACUCGGUCCCCGACAGCCCGGUCGGCAGCCCGCCGUCCCAUCGGCCGCUGCUUGAGCAGCGCAGGUCGUCCGAGCCGCACAUCCUCGCCUCGCUCGACAAUGCUCCCUCCGCCGCAGCACCGGCGCAACCCGCCCCGACCGUUCCGGUGCAAACGGCGACGAAGCGCAAGGACAUCUGGGCGCACUUGACCGGCGUCCUUGGCAAGGCGAUCCAGCGUCUCGUCAGCACGAACUUGCUCAAGCCUCAGAUCGCUCGCCAACUCCUCGCUCUCCCUCUUCACCCUCGCACGCCCCGCCAGACCAACGCCUGCCUCCGCGCCUCGGCCCACUCCUGGGACACGCUCAAGACCGAGAUCGUCACCAUCUCUCACCCAGCCUGGAAAGGCGUCGAGCACGGCACGGUCAGCAUCGAGAGCUGGGCCGACUACACGAUCCAGCUGCUCAAGAUCUUCUGGGAGGACGAGAUGAGGGGUAUCUUGAGGGAGGUGCUUGGGUCGAGGAGCGCUUGCGAGUGGACGCUUGAAUCGUUGUGGACGUUUGCGAAGGAGAAGGUUGAGGAGCAGCCGCCUCACCCACUCGAGCUCGAGGUCCAGCUCAUCGCGCUGCGCCGUCGCAACCGCCCGCCCUCCGUCCCGACUUCGCCAGUCGGCGGGCAGGCACCUGCGCUUCCAGGCAAGCUGGGCGUCGAGCAUGAGGCGGUUCGACCGGCAUCGAGGGUGGACGUCAUGGCAUGA